ACUUCUCUUAAAAUACGUUGACGUCGUUGCCGCGCCAUCUUUAGAAAACAGUGUACCCACCGCUGAAUGAAAGUACAUUUUUCGUCGUUUGUGGAAGCAACUCGCUGUAUGAAGUGAUAUCGUUUUAUUUCAAGGUGUUGGACCGUAGCUGUGAUCAUGGUCAAAGCUCAGCGUGCUCGGUGCUUUCUUGAUGUUGGCAUCAGUAAUGUGCUCGUUGGCAGAGUUGUCAUUGAGUUGUUUUCAGACAUCUGUCCCAAAACAUGUGAAAACUUCAGAUGCCUUUGCACAGGUGAAAAGGGCAUUGGCAAGGGAACCAUGAAACCGCUGCACUACAAAGGAUGUCUGUUCCAUCGGGUUGUGAAAGACUUUAUGAUUCAAGGUGGAGACUUCAGUGAAGGUGAAUUAAGCACGGGUGAAUCCAUCUAUGGAGGCUUUUUUGAAGAUGAAAGCUUUGCUGUUAAACACAACAAGGAGUACCUGCUGUCUAUGGCCAAUAGAGGCAAAGAUACCAAUGGGUCACAAUUUUUCAUAACUACAAAACCAUCCCCACACUUGGAUGGUGUCCAUGUGGUUUUUGGUCAUGUGAUCUCUGGCCAAGAAGUGGUUCAAACCAUGGAAAACCAGAAAACGGACCCCAAUAGCAGACCAUAUGCUGACGUGAAAGUUAUGAACUGUGGAGAGCUCAUUCCGAAAUCCAAAGCAAAGAAAGAUGAAAAAAAGAAAGCGAAAGAGUCUUCCAGUUCCAGCAGCAGCUCCAGUGACUCUGAGAGCUCAUCACAAUCCUCCUCGGAUUCUGAAGAAUCUGUGAAGGAGUCUAAGAAAAAGAAAAAGAAGGCGAAAAAGCUCAAAAAGAAACUGAAGAAGGAAAAGAAAAGGUCAGAACCUGAAAGCACUGAAGAGAAAGAGCAAGAAGAGUUGGUUACAUCUACUGUGCGUCCUGAAGAAAUUCCACCCAUCCCAAAUAAUCGAUUCCUCAUGAGGGGGAAUAAAGAGGAAAAGCCCAGAGAGAGGGCUGGUGUACCAUAUAAUUCUCAGCCAUCAUAUAAUAGAAGACUGGCGAUGACACGAUCUGGGAGGAAGAUAAAAGGCAGGGGUCCACGGCGCUACCGAACUCCGUCCCGCUCUCGCUCAAGGUCCAGAGAUCGCUCUCGCCGCAGCGAAACACCGCCUCACUGGCGUCAUGAGUUGCAGCGCCAGCGGAUGAGGGCAGUCACCGGAGAGCGCUGGAUUAAGGGUGACAAAGGGGACAUGAAUGAGGCCAAGGACGAGGCCGCCAAAGCUCCGAGAAGAGAGAGGCGAACAUCCGACACAAAGCAUGAACACACAGCUGAGGGUAAAAAAGAUAAGAAAACUCGGUCCCAUAGAUCCAAAAGCAAAGAGGACGAGGGAGUUGAGAAGGAUGAGAGGCACAGCAAACACAAGGCAAAGAAAAGAGAUAAAUCUCAAAGCCGCAGCAAAAGCACGGAAAAGAGGAAGAGGUCCAAGAGCCGAGAGAAGGGACACAAGCACAAAAGUGAUGACAGGAAAAGUCGAUCAACGAGCAAAGACAAAAACACUAGCAAGAAAGAAAAGGAAUCCGGGUCAGAUCAAAGUAAAGAUAGAAAUAAGAGUAAUGACUCGGAUGAGAAAAAGCAGAAAGAGGACACAAAAGGGAGAAACGGUGAGAGAACAAAGUCCCAAAGUAAGGAAAAACCAACAGAAAAAGACGACCACAGAUCAAGUAGCAAGAACAGGGACAGGAGCGGACCGGCCGUGUCCAAGGACAAAGAAGAAAAACAAGAAAAGGACAGAGAGCGGGACAAAGAAGAAAAACAAGAAAAGGACAGAGAGCGGGACAAAGAAGAAAAACAAGAAAAGGACAGAGAGCGGGACAAAGAAGAAAAACAAGAAAAGGACAGAGAGCGGGACAAAGAAGAAAAACAAGAAAAGGACAGAGAGAGGGACAGAGACCGGAGUCGGGAAAAACGACAUAACACAGAGAGGGAGAGUAAGAGGCGAGGGACAUCCAGGGACAAGGACCGUUCGACAGGAAGUCCAGACAGGAAUGAGUCCAGAGACUCCCGCAGAGGCCGGCGCUCCAGGAGUAAUAAGAGAGACCACAGCAAGGAUCGGUCCUCUCAGAGGAAGGACAAGGAUAGAGAAUCCGCCAACCGAAGGAGAAGACGCAGCAGCACCAGCAGCAGCAGCAGCUCUGAGAGCGACCGAGACCACAAAAGGAGGAGUGAGAAGAGUCCCAGUUCCAAACGGCGAGGAGCAAGUGGCCCCUCCAGGUCCAAAGACCGAAGGAGCCCGGCCAAACCAAGUCCCGACAGUACAAAGGGCAAAGACCGAAACAACAGCAAGAGAGCGAAAUCCAGCUCCAGCUCAGACAGUGACUGAACGCGAUGAUGAACGAAUACAACAGAUGGCGAAUUCUGAAGUUCGUCCCAAUUUUAUCCCAAAUGCAUGCGUGGGAGGAGGCAUCCGCUUUCCAUCGAGAAGGGGACAUGUCCACGUUCCUCAUUCAGUGCGCAGACUCCCACUCCACCCGUCGUCCAAAGCUAAUAUGAUUGUUCAAGAGUCUGUCAAACAUUAAUUUUCCAACUGUUUGGAACUGCCUGGAAACCAUUAAAGUUACCGUGGCAGAUGGCAGCAUCAUGCAAGCUUUUGUGGAUCUACGGACUUUAUUCUGGCCCUGAAUGGAUCGUGGAUUUGUCCCCUAAUAGAGUGCGUAACGCUGCGGAUGUGAAGCUGAAGGUAGCUUCAGCUUCACAUCCGCUGAGGAGAGAUCGUACUCCUAGAAUGUUAUUAAAAGUUAUUUAACGCAGGUUUUUGGGGGGGGUAAAGACUCUGUUUGAUAAAUGCCUAAUCGUCUAGUUAUUUUUUACAAUCUAGAAGAGGACACAUAAUUUCCUGCAUGCUUAUCCCUCAUUGUUUGAUGACAUUUGUACAUCCAUUACUUUGUUUGGACAUCAUGACCCUGUACUGUAAUACUGUUUGUUAAGCGGUUUUGAAAUGCCUCUGGUUUGUUUUGUUUUUAUGAAAAAAAAUGUCAGUCAUGUUGCGAGUACAACUGGAAAUCCAUUUGUAUAAAUUGUGUUGUGUUGAUUUUUAGAUCUCUACUGCUGUGUAGGCAUAAUUAAAAAGAUCAACUUUGA